UGAAAGCAAAAACCAGACUUCAACAUCUGCGCUUUCCACCGAUUAUAGACAGAUCUGAGAAGAGGUUGGGAAACCUGCAGGCUAACAGCAGGCUGACAGGUUGUUCAUCUCCAAGAACAAGCAAUACCCAAACUGAAGGAAAAUACAUUGCACAAAAUAUUAAGAAAACCACUUUUUUUUUGAAAAAUUUAUUUGAAGAAGCUGAUUUCCUUUGGCUAGCAGGCGAAAGUGGAGAAAAUGAAGCCAAGUCUGCAAUUUUUCUUAGCUGGUUUUCUGUUGUUGAUUCUGCAGACAGGGCUUUGCUAUGGGAUAAAAUGGAUAGCUCUGUCCAAGACUUCUUUGGCUUUGGCCCUGAAUCAAACCCAGCACUGCAAGCAGCUUGAAGGCCUGGUGGUUUCUCAGGUGCAGCUGUGCCGCAGCAACCUGGAGUUAAUGCAGACCAUUAUUCAGGCAGCGCGGGAAGUGAUAAAGACCUGCCGUAAAACUUUUUCAGACAUGCGGUGGAACUGCUCUUCAAUAGAUUUGGCUCCUAACUACCUGCUGGACUUAGAGAGAGGCACAAGGGAGUCAGCAUUUGUAUAUGCCCUCUCUGCUGCUGCCAUCAGCCACACCAUUGCCAGAGCCUGCACCACCGGGGACCUCCCUGGCUGUUCCUGUGGUCCCAUCCCAGGUGAGACACCUGGACCUGGGUAUCGAUGGGGAGGAUGUGCAGACAACCUCAACUAUGGUCUUAUCAUGGGGUCCAAAUUUUCAGAUGCUCCCAUGAAGAUGAAAAAAUCAGGAUCACAAGCCAAUAAACUGAUGCAUCUGCACAACAGUGAAGUAGGGAGACAGGUCUUGAAAGCCUCUCUUGAAAUAAAAUGUAAGUGCCAUGGAGUUUCUGGGUCAUGCUCUAUCAAGACCUGUUGGAAAGGCCUUCAAGAAUUGCGAGAUAUUGCAUUGGACCUCAAAACCAAAUAUUUAUCUGCCACCAAGGUUGUUCACCGGCCCAUGGGCACACGCAAAUACCUUGUGCCGAAGGACAUUGAUAUCAGGCCAGUUAAAGAGACAGAGCUGAUUUACCUGCAGAGCUCACCUGAUUUCUGCAUGAAGAAUGAAAAAGUGGGGUCACAUGGGACCCAGGACAGACAAUGCAACAAGACUUCCAAUGGGAGUGACAGCUGCGACUUGAUGUGCUGUGGUAGAGGCUACAACCCCUACAUGGACAAAGUGGUGGAGCGUUGCCACUGCAAAUAUCACUGGUGCUGCUAUGUGACCUGUAAAAAGUGCGAGAGGACUGUCGAGAGAUAUGUGUGCAAAUGAAAACUCUCCUCUGCACACCUGGGAGCUAAGACAGCAGCGGCACCCCAGCACUAUUCAGAGAAAACAUUACCCUGACUAGACAUCAUUUAUCUUGUAAAGACACAGACUUGAGGAGAGAUGGUAGGAGGAAAAUCAACAAUCAUACCAGUAGAAAUAAGAACAGAAAAAACCUCUCAAAAAGCAACAAACCCACAAAUGUUUCUCCCCAGCAAUAAAAUACUCUCUGAGAAGACAAAACCUCAUUUGGGAUGGUAUCUUCUUCCAAAAUAUUUCCUAUGGUUGCCAAUGAUGUCCAGCCAUCAAAUGCCUUAGUAUUCUGAGAAAUAAAUAUAGAAACUUUCCCUGGGGGGAAAAAAAGGCACUAUUUGUUUGACAGUAACUAAGGCUCACACCUACCUAUGCCUUCUAGCACAGGUAGUGUCUCCAUUAGGACCAUCCCACAAGGGAAAAUGCUACAACUUUUCAGCAAUAACUGCCUUUGUUGCCAAAGACUUAAUUUUCAGCAAGGAAUCAUCCACUCUAUGUGAUAAAAAAGUGAAAAGAUUUCAGGUCAAUCCUCUGAAAUGAACAGCUAAUUUUAAUCUUGGUUUUACACAUGUCUGCAACUUUGAACUGAUUGCUGAAGGAAAAUAUAUCCUUGAUUUGUCCAGGCUGGACAAAAUUCAGCCAGAAAAAUCCCCUGGAAUCCUGGAGGCAGUGAGAGUAGGGUAGGCUGAGAAGGACUUUAUGGGGUCCACAAGACAGCAGUGGAGCCUUUAGGAUAAAAUAACUAAGUGAAAUCCAAAUCUAGUGGGAAAGUAAAGGAAAAAGGCAAGCUCAUGCUCUCUAUCUCUUUGCCCUUUGGGUGUGAUAGCCUUAGUCACUGACAUUCUUCCACAUUGACCCAUCAAGUCCUUGGGGAAAUACGCCACUAGUUUCUUCCCCCACAAAACUAUUGGUCCAACCUCUGGAAACUGCAGAGUGGAGCAGUCCAGGCUGUAGGGAGUACAGCUAUGGAAGUCAGCAGCUAUUCACAGCAGGAAGAAAUGGGAAUGUGUCAGUUCUCCAUGUGGCUCUGCCCUGACACAGCAGAGAACCACUAUCUGUGGCUGUACAUACUUUCAUUUGUAUUUUUCUUUUGUAUGAUAUUUAUAUCUUGUGCUUUCAUCUACUUUACUUCCUACAUAAAUAUAUCCUUAUAUUAUAAACAAGCAUUAACAAUAGUAUGGAAUAAAUGCUGAAGUUAC